AUGCGUCUGUCUUGGCUGAAUAAUGGUCAGUUCGCGGACUGUGCCGGUGGCCAAGCGAUCGAGAUACUUGCCCGCGAUUGCCCUGAGGGACUUCCAGGGAUCCAGCUGCCCAGCCCAAGGGGCAGGGAUCGCGAUUGCGAUUUCUCUUUUUCGGGCAUACACGUCGCUGCUGAUCGUCUUUUAAAGGAACUAGAGCAGUCGAAAGGUAAGCUGAGGUGCUUUUACAAUGGCUACAAACGACAACUGUUUAUCUGUUUUGUUGUUAAAGACACAGAUGGAUCAACGCGUCAACAGUUAGACCCUACCCAGAUCGCGGCAGUGUGCGCUUCCGUUCAAACUGCAGUUACGCGCCAUCUCUGCCGUCGUCUCCAGCGAGCCGUGGAAUUCUGCGCCCGCGAGAAAUUACUCCCGGUGUCUCUACCCUCUUCGGAAACACUGGCUUGUGGUAACACGGCGAUGACACAGGAGGAUUCCUCGAGACCCGCAAUCGUACGUACCUCUGUUGUGGCUUAA